GACCGUGCGGAAUAAAGUCAAAACUCCAGUCGUUUUGUGUGCCUACAGCGAAGAAACGAAAAAAACUUCAUCGCAGAAGUUCACAUUACGGAUUUACGUUAACGACUACCCGCGUGAAUCUAUGGAUUUUACGGUUUUGCUAUAUUUUAACACCGAGCGUUAUAUAAAUGUAGUGACGAAGAAAACGGAGCUUUAAGUGCAGCACGUUAAGCGACAGAGGAAUUAGUAUUUUGCAGAGCUAAUAACGUUAGUGAAGGGACAGUUCAGAGGCGGUUUGCCCGUGGCACGCUGUUGUAACGGAUCCCCAGGGAGGGAAUAACACAACUUCGACCCACAGUUUGAGUGCUUUUUGAGGAAUAGUCUUUUCGGUGUUGCGCGCCCUUGUCUCGCUGCUGCUAAAGUUCCCCGGCGGUAAGGUGCAGCCACGCCGGGGGAAGGCACAGCGCGACGGCCGCUACUCUCCGGCUAGCUCGCCUGCUGCUUCUGUUCCUUGGAUCGGGGCCUUGUCGGUGAGGCGACAAUGCUUGACAUAAUGUCUGAGCACCAAGAUUCACUGUUAUCGUGCAAAACGGAACCUUUGCCCCCAGAGAGGAAAAAGAGGACAGUUGAGGACUUCAACAAGUUCUGCAGCUUUGUCCUGGCAUAUGCUGGUUACAUCCCCAGUCCUAAAGAGGAAAGUUCAUGGUCUCCAACAUCAUCCAGCUCUGCACACAGUUCAGGGUUAUCAGCAGACGGAGGUGGCGGAGGCAGCAGCUCCACCGGCAACAACUGGGCAGAUGGAAGCUCAGACAUUCACACCAUCCACACAUUUGUCCGUAAGGCUCGAGCAAAUAAGGGCAAGAACAUUCGCCGCAUGCACUCUGACAGCACUCUGCUGGACAAGAUGCGCCUUAAAGACUCCCUGUACGAGAGCCAGGCCAGCACUAAGGCCGAGCGCAAGAAGGACAAAAAACUGAAAAAGCUGUCGCUGGGCUCUGCCAUGACGGCGGCAGAUAGCGGCAGCAGCGAGGGCGAGAAAAGAGCCCGCAUCAAACGCAGCAAAAACUCAAAACAGCCAAAGCCUAAGAAGCUCAAAAGUUCGGCUGCUCAAAGCGAGACAGACUCUGAGGCACGGCAUACGCACACAGAGGUACGACCUGCCAGAGAGGAGCUGUCGGAGCACGGGGGGUCCACCCCUGGCAUGCAGGGCCUGGGGAAGAUGCAGGCAGACGAGUCCAUCAGGGAAGCAGAGAUGAGCUCCAGUGAGGGUGAGACCUGGAUCGCAGAUGAAGACAUCAUGGUGGAGUCAGGGGACGAUUCAUGGGACUUGAUCACCUGUUACUGUGGGAAGCCAUUCGCAGGGCGGCCGAUGAUCGAGUGCAACCAGUGCGGCAUAUGGGUGCACUUGUCGUGCGCGAAGAUCAAGAAGUCCAACGUUCCCGACAUCUUUUACUGCCACAAGUGCAGGGACGUGCGGCGGUCUGGACACAAAAAAGACCUGUAGACACGAAGAGGACGGAAAGGACCGAGGAGCAGCCGCCCUGUUUUACGCUGUCCUCUUGACACUUGUUUUUCUUUGAUGCCUACAGCCAAAACAGCCUAAAUUAUCACCUGGAUGGCAACUGUAUUGUCAGUUUGUAGGAUUUCUUUUUUGACAAUCACAACCAUUCUUAUUUAUCCUCACUGUUUCUUUUCUUCUUUUCUUUGGUUACUGUGAAGAACUGGACAGACGGCAACAGUGACAGCGGAGAACCAUUUAUUUGUUCGUAAAUAAUCCCUUCAUUAAUUGGCUUUAUUGUUGUAUACCGUGCUGGUAGCGUGCACAUAAACUCUCACACUUACUCUCAUAUUCACUUGUAAAUUAUUUCUUAACAAACCAGUAAAACUUUUCUUUAGUGUCUCAAGGAGUAUUUUCAGUUUCCACCCAACUUCAAAUCAAUGCAAGUUUUAAACAUUAACAAAAUUUUAAAGCGGAAGAGAUGGGAAACGUCGCCGCUGUUAUUUGUUUAGAAGUAUGUUAUAAUGCUAGACGGGCAGCUCAUUUUUUAUUUGUGAUUGUAUUCUGGAGAUUUAUUUUUGAGCUUGCGUUUUUGUUUCGGUCGUCAGUGAUAAUCACUGAACUUUAAAAAUGUAGAGAUCUCACUCCUCUAGAAUAAGUGAUCUUUAAACUCCGUUGAAUCUGUCGACAUUUAUUAAUGCUACAUUUCAAAUUGCACACAGACUGUUCUUUCGGCAGUGCACUUUUUUUUUGGGACAUGAUGAGCUGCGGCUGAUUUAAAUCUGUACUUGGCAUGUCGCUGUGUACAUUCAUGAUUAAGCGCUUACUGUUUCUCCCUGUCUGGCUUGGUAAUCAAUUAUAGCCAUUUACCAUGAACAACAUUUACAUUGAAAGCUGUUAAAUUUUGAUGUUUCUGUUUCAUGUGUGGUUUUAGUUUUUUCCAUGUUUUAAAAACUCAUCUGAUACAAGGGCGUUUCGUUGUUGUAUGACGAAUGGUUUGGCAGUGCUUUACAAUAUCAAAAGUGGCUCCGAGGCUCGUUUUAUGAAUGGUUGUAAAAUAUUUGUUUUUCUGUUUUCAUGUUUAUUUCUUAGCUUUCUGAGAAGCGGGAUUAGGGAUGCGCCCGCAUCAGAGAAUGGACAUAAGAUUGUCUCACAUCGAGAACAAAGUUGUAGUGUACAGAAAAUAAGUUGACACCGCGUAGGUUGCGGCGUUUUGUUUAUGUUGUUUGGUUUUACCAUGUGCUUUUUCUUUUUGUUGAUGGGAGAGUCUUGGUAAGUCUCCAGUAGCAGUUGCACUCUCUCUACAACUUCAAUUCUGUGUACAUAUCCUGUUCUUUGACAACUGUACAUAUGUGAAAGUGAAGAGAGAAAAUACCCAAGCAAAAUCUAUAUUUUCUGCAGUCUGAUAUUGUUUUCUUUAAUUGUAGCUUGAAAAAUAAAAGUCUUUGGGAACAUAA